AUGGCAAAAUGGAAUGACAUCAAAAUGCUUGAAGAAAUUGUUUCGCUGAUGAAAGAUGGCAAGUUAACUGAUGUGAAGAAUGAAGUGACAGUUUGGGGUGAUGAAAAUGAUAAUGAUGAAACUUUAAAAGGGAAAUUCUUUGCUAUUUAUGACAAAGCUGGUGCAGCAUUUAUAUUGGCAAUUAUUGAACAAUUUAUUGAAAAAAUCAAAACUACAAAUAGUAUUAAAGAACAGUGGCAAAGUGUUAUGAAUAAUUAUAAUUCAUCUAUUCAGCACAUAAUAGGCAAAAAAUAUUCAUUAGUCAGUGGAAUAAUAACUGACCAAGAAAUUGAUUCACUAAAAAAAUCAAUAAACAAUUUGAGUUUAAAGCAAUUUAAAGCUCGCAGUCCCCCGCCCCCGCUACCAACAACUCAAUUGCCAAUAUCUCCAAAAUUAUUAGAAAAACAUAAUCAGGAUAUUAAAUCUAGUAUAACAAAACCAAAACCAUUAUUACCAUCAACAGCAAAAAAGAUUGACACCAAUUCCAUCCUCACAAUAAAUUCUUCUUCGACUCCUU